GGCGCUGUAUUUCCGGUUCCGCUGGGGCGGCAAAGAAAAAGGGAAGGAGCGGAGGGAAUGGCCGCAGCGUGUGCACUUGCGUACCGGCGCCUUGUGAGCCGGGCGGGAACGCGGGCAGGUGAGGUCGCCUUCCAUAGAGGUUCUUUCCAGCUGCUACUCCGGGACUGCAGUCUCCGUUCCUCUCUGCUAUGGUCUGCAGCUCGGAAUCAAAGUUCACAAAACACCUCAUCACAGCAAAGACUCCUUCCAAAAACAUCCUUAACUUCUCCCCCAUAUCCUGAAAUCAAACUCCCUGAUCCUCUAGAAGAGACAGAACACCACAGAGAGAUUGUUCAAAAAGUAAAUGAACUAAUAGCCACGGGACAAUAUGGAAGACUGUUUGCAGUUGUUCACUUUGCCAGCAGACAGUGGAAAGUAACCAGCGAAGACUUGAUUUUACUUAAUAAUGAUAUACCAGCUGAAUGUGGAGACAGAAUCCGAAUGGAAAAGGUAUUGCUGGUUGGUGCAGAUGACUUCACCCUGCUGGGAAAGCCACUGCUGGGGAAGGAUCUAGUCCGUGUGGAGGCAACUGUCAUUGAGAAGACGGAGUCUUGGCCCAAAAUACGUAUGAUAAUCCGUCGAAAGUCUAAUUACAAGAAAAAAACGAUUUUAAUUCAGCCACAAACUGUUCUCCGGAUAAACAGCAUUGAAAUUGCUCCUGUUCUGUCAUGACGAAUUGUUGGGCUUGCAGUUUCAAGGCGAUACGAAAACUGAAAAAUAUUUCAGUUGCAUUUUUUUUUGUUGUCAAUAAAGAAAACUAUUAUGAAAUAA